AUGAGUAACGUAUCGAAAUCUCCUAAAGAUUACCAUAGUGACGAUCUUAAUGAUCGUCAUGGAGAAAAGGAUCGAAAACAAUUUAAUGAAACUGUUCUUAGCCAGCGAGCUCAGAAAGCAACACCAUUAGAAUCAUCAAAUGCUGAAGAAUUACCGGUGGUCAUUUAUACAGCAAAGAAAAUUUACACUAUGAACUGCUUGCAACCAGAAGCUACCGCAAUUGCUGUCCAAGGUGAUCGUAUUUUUGCCGUUGGAUCAGAAGAUAGCAUCGUAACUGGUUUAAAAGCAAGAGAACAAAGCUAUCAAAUUAAAAGGGAUUACAAUGACUGCUUCUUUUACCCGGGAUUUAUUGAAUCACACUGCCAUGCCUCUUUGGAAGCAUUGUAUUUUCAAUUUCACUACGUUGGAGCUACUGAUCGAAUCAAAUGCGUGAAUGGGACUAUGGUCGAAAUGAAGGGUUUUAAUAGCAAGCAAAAGGUGUUAGAUCAUCUUCAGCAAGUUUCAGAAGCUAGCCAUGAAAAUAUUAUCGUUGCAUGGGGCUAUGAUCCAACAUUACUUCUCAAUGAAGCCAGUCCUAAUAUUCAUGCAUCGGAAAUCGAUUUUCAGGAGGGCAAGAAAGUAGUUGUUAUGAAUAUGAGUGGACACAUAGCCUAUAUUAACCAUGCAGUUCUAACCGAAAUAGGUUAUACCGAUAAGACUGACAUUAAAGGUGUCAUUAAAGAUGAAGAUGGCAAUUUGACAGGAGAAUUACAAGAAAUGACAGCUAUGGCUCCAUUGUUUGGUUACUAUAAUGUUGAUUUAGAUGAUUUAGUUAGGGGAUUUCGUAGCUUUGCAACUGUAGCUAGCUCCAAGGGAGUUACGACACUAACCGAUCUUGCUUUUGGUAUUGUUAAUCAUACCUGGGCUGCAUUACAGCAGGUUACACAAGAAAAUAACUGUCCAGUGAAAGUCAACUGUUAUAUGCUAAAUGGUGUUUACGAUCGUAGAGGUGGAGCAGAUGGCUUUCGAGCAUUGAAACAAUCGGAGAAUCCAAAGUUAAAAUUAACAGGCGUCAAAAUAAUUUCGGAUGGUUCAAUACAAGGAUUUACUGGCCUUAUGCGAUGGCCGUAUUAUUAUACAAGUCGAGAUCAAGGUCUUGCUAAUAUUACGCCUAUUGCUCUUGAUCAAACAGUACGUGAAUUAGUCAGUAAUGAUAUUCCUUGCGCUAUCCAUACUAAUGGCGAUGGUUCUAUCGAGAUGGUAUUAGAUAGUAUUGAGCGAGUAACGCGUUUUACUCCAGAUCGUGAUCCACGUUUUCGAUUAGAACAUUGCCAAACGCCUACUGAAGAUCAUCUUGAAAGAAUGAAACGCUACAAUAUUAACGCUAAUUUCUUCGUAAAUCAUAUUUAUUACUGGGGAAAUGUUCAUAAGAAUCAAACAAUCGGUCCAGAUCGUGUUGAAUAUAUGAAUCCUUGUGCUACAGCCAAAAAGCUUGGAAUCACCUUUGCUCUUCAUUCUGAUUCUCCUAUAACAGCGAUUGAUCCACUCUUGAUGAUUCAAAAUGCCGUUGUACGUCAAACCAAAGAAGGAAAUGUUAUUGGCGAAAAUGAGAGAAUUUGUGUUUAUGACGCGUUGAGAGCGGUUACUAAAGACGCUGCUUAUUUGUUACGUGAAGAAAGGAUUAAAGGGACACUUGCAUUUGGAAAACUAGCCGACAUAGCUAUCUUAGAGAAAGAUGUAUUUCAAGUUGACAAGGAGGAUAUUCAUAAAAUUGUUGUGAGAGCUACAUUAGUUAACGGUCGGGUUUUUGAUCAUCGUUCGUAG